AGCAGAACAUUUAGGUAGCUAAUACUUGAUAGAUUGUUCAGUGUUCGGAAUGAUCAUGCACCGAUCGAUGAAGGGAGGGCAAGAGAAAGAAGUAGAAACGCCACCAGGAGAUGAGGAGGAGAAUACACCGAAUGUCGAGAUUCAGGAAAGAGGGGAUAUAUAUUUCUUUUACAGACCAAAAGUAGGCGAAGAAGACCCACAUACCUCCGACGACGUGCAGAGAUUGUACAUCGUUUUAAGGCCCCACACUUCCAGUCAAGAUAAGCAGCAGCAGGAGAAGAAGAAGAAGAAGAAGAAAGAACCACCUCAAGAGGAGAAAAGUAUGCUGCUGAGGUUGAUUGUCAUGGGAAAGAAAAGCCUUCCUGAUCCAUCCAAGAGGGGCAGACCCUACUGGGGGUUUGUGGAGUUGGUCACCACCAAGAUUCAGGAUAUUAAGGAUGCUCUUAAAGGAGGUUUGGAUCAUAGUAACGGGUCGUAUUUGUGGUUUGAGGAAUACGAUACAAAGACGAGGGGACACAGACACAAGCCUGCAGCAAGGGCAUUAGGAGAAGGCGUGUACCGAAUACUUAAGCACCACAGCGGAAAGAAGAUGCACACCCAUCUGAUUUACAAGCUAGAAUUCCCAUCGGAAGGAGCAGAGAACCAACCACAGGAGGAGUUAAACGUAGAAAGGGAGGCUUCUUUCCUGAUACAAAUCAAGAAUCCUAUCCAAGGACAGUUUAAAACGAAGACGACAAAGAAGAAGAAGAAAAAGUCGAUAUUUCCGGCCCACCUGCAAGGGCAGUUUGGAAAGCUACGUUACCAUGGUGCAGACCCUCCCGACUUUCUAAACUACGAAGGUUGCGAGUUCUUACUCAUAUCAGCAUCCGAUGAGAUACACGAGGAGCUCGGGUUGGAGAUUGAAGUAGAUCGUUCUUGCUCCGACCUUGUUAACACGUUCGGGGAGACCGUUUCUGCAGAUGCUCUUCUCAGAGGCAUUUGGGUUUGAUUACAAUUAGGCGUUCCUUCUAGACUGUUCUAAAUUAGGCGUACGUAAUGCAUGUAUGUAUGUAUGUAUAAUUAGUGUUUGUAUGCUUAACUUGUCUAGUAUAUGUAUAUAGGCGAUAUUAUGAACUAUUUAGAGACAAAAGCUACUCUUAACAAGGUCAUCAAUUCUCUACAAAAUUUCAAAUCAGG